CUCAGAGUCAUACCCUGUCUCUUUCUCAAAACAAAAAGAAACAAGCUCCUUACUAAAGUUAGAAUAUGAAUCCGGGUCGUCUUCUUUGUCUCAUUGGUUUUCUCUUCUUCCUCGCUGUUUUAUCUAAAGCUUCAAGAAUUCAUGUUGAAAGACGACGCUUCUCCUCCGAAUCUUUACCUAGCCAAGAAAGAGGGUUUCUCCCUUCUCAACACACUCAGCCGGUCGUCGGCGCCGGUGGAAUCUUACCGGAGAAACGGAAGGUUAAGACGGGAUCAAAUCCUUUGCACAACAAGCGAUGAGGAAAAGUCAGAUAAUUAGUCGUCUUCCUAAACACUCUUUGUCUCUAUUUGCUUACUUAACCACAG